AUGCAGCAUCAAAAUAAGAUCCAGAAGCGACAUUCGCUCAUCGGCCACCGCCUGUCGUGGACCGGUCCACCCCCGAAGGCGAUGGGCCCGAGGACCGCGCCCGGAUAUCUGGGCAAUUUGACGGACGCGCAAGAAGCAAAGCUGCGCGCCCUAUGGGCCAUUGGCAUCAAAUUCGUCGAAAUUUGCGAGGCCGACGCGGAGUCCAACGAUGCAAAGUCACUCGAAGAGAAGUAUGUGCCUCUAGCCAAGAAGUCCUCGUCCUUGCCAAAGGGAGAGGGCAAGCCCAGCGCGACCCAUCAAAAGUAUCCAGGACUGGUCAAGGAGCUGCUGUCGCUGCUGCCCACCGAUGAGAAGGACAUACAAAAGCUGGCCAGACAGGCCGUCGAUGCCCUGGACCACUGGACACCGGAAAUGUACCACCUCAUCGUCAUGCGCAUGGUCAAAUGCGAGCAUCCGGAUGCUUUGGGUCUUCGUUUCCUCCGCGCCUGCAACUGGGACCUUAUCCAGGCGACCAAGAUGAUGGGCAAGGCCAUAUACUGGAGGGCAAUGGAGGCCGCCGUGGACGACGACAUCAUGAAGCGAGGCGAGGCGGGUGCCGCAGAAGACGAGAAGAACGGCUUCGGGCUCGCCAGAACCAUCAGCACGGACUUCAUGAACCAAAUCAGAAGCGGCAAGGCAUUCAUUCACGGCACGGACAAAGUGGGACGGCCCAUCAGCUACAUUCGACUGCGAAAACACAAGGCGUCCGAUCAGUGCUACCAAAGCCUCGAGAGAUACACAGUAUACCUCCUGGAGCUGGCCCGCUUGUCCCUACGAGCGCCGAUUGAAACGGGCACAAUCCUGAUUGACAUGAGUGGGUUCGUCACUUCGAACAUCGACCUCUCUCCUCUCAAAUUCAUCAUCAACUGCGUUCAAGCAAAUUACCCAGAAUCGCUUGGGCUUCUUCUCAUACACAAUGCCCCCAUAGGGUUCAAAACACUAUGGAAGAUGGUCCGCUUCUGGUUGGACCCGGCAGUAGCUUCGAAAGUUCGGUUCACUCGGGGCAAGCGUGGCCUGCUGAAGUACAUCGCACCUGAUCAGCUGCUUAAGGAACUGGGUGGGAACGAGGACUGGGAGUACGAGUACGAGGAGCCGCAACCUGACGAGAACAUCAAGAUGCAAGACACAGACACGCGCGAUCGAUUGCUUAAGGAACGACAGGUCCUUGCACAGAGGUUCGAAGACCUGACGCAAGAAUGGGUGAUGAGCGCCCAACACAGCGACAGGUCCAGGGAAAUUUGCGGAAGACGAGACGCCCUGGCCGACAAGUUGACUGCGAAUUACUGGGCACUAGACCCGUACAUCCGGGCGCGAUCAAUCUACGACCGACAUGGGUACUUUCGAGGAGCGGCUGGAGCAGAAUGGUACGCCAGAACCAAGCAAACUGCACCGGCAGUCGCCACAGCGCCGGUUACGAAUAACAAGACGCCCGGAGACGAGUCCCCUGUGUUAGGCAGGUCAUCAACAUCGGACGGCAUGUCGACAUUACGCAAAGCUUCGCUUUCCGAUGGAAUGUCGACCUUGGGAAGGGCGUCAACGUUCGAUGACACACCGACGUUGGAUAGAUCGUCGACCUCGGAAGACGAGGUUUUCUUCCUGGACGAGGUGCCCAGGGUGGAGAUUGAGAAAGUGCCCGAUUUUGCCAGCGUACAUGUAACCUUCGACCGCGUUAGUAUUAUUGGAGGCGAUGACUCUUCAUAUUACAGCGAUGUCGAUAGGGCUGAACCGUCAAGGUUAUGGGGGUAG